CCUCUUCCCUAGUCUCCACGCAUCUGUCUCUAAUUCUGUUCCUCAUUUCCCUCUUUUCUCCGGCGACGGCCAAUCAUCGGAAACGGCCGGGAAAUUUUCAACGAAGAGAGAUUCGCAAAACUGUUACAGUCAUUGUGAAAGAAAUGGGUGUGGAUUACUACAAUAUACUGAAGGUGAAUCACAACGCGACGGAGGAUGAUCUGAAGAAAGCUUACAAGCGCCUGGCGAUGAUCUGGCAUCCCGAUAAAAACCCAUCGGCGAGGCGAGACGAAGCCGAGGCCAAAUUCAAGCGGAUCUCCGAGGCCUACGACGUUCUCUCCGAUCCACAGAAGCGCCAGAUCUACGACCUUUACGGCGAGGAAGGCCUCAAAUCCGGCAAAAUCCCCAAUUCUUCUUCGUCGGAGGCUUCCUCUUCUUUCUCCUCGCGAGCGCCUCACUUCCACCACCAGCACAGGCAGCAUCCGCCCAACGCCGCGUCGUUUCGAUUCAACCCUAGAGACGCGGAGGAUAUCUACGCCGAGAUUUUUGGAUCUGAAGGCGGAGGCAAUGCCGGAGGAGGCGGCGGCGGCGGCGGGAGAGGAAACCGGACGUUUAGGGAUGGGAGUUUCAGGAACGGUCAUUUUAACACCGGUGGUAAUUACGGUGCGAAUGGUCAUAAUACCAGUGAGCUGAGGAAAGCUCCUGCCGUGGAGAAUCCAUUGCCGUGUAGCUUGGAGGAUCUCUGCAAAGGUGUGAAGAAGAAGAUGCGGUUAUCUAGAAACGUUUACGAUGCUUCCGGUAAAAUGAGGGUCGUUGAGGAGAUAUUGCCAAUAGAAAUAAAACCCGGGUGGAAGAAAGGCACAAAGCUGACAUUCCCUAAGAAAGGCAAUGAAGAGCCUGGAAUCAUACCAGCAGAUAUUAUCUUCGUGCUUGAAGAGAAGCCACAUCCUGUUUACAAGAGAGACGGAAACGACCUUGUGGUGAAUCAGGAGAUUACUCUACUGGAAGCUCUAACCGGUAAAACUCUCGACCUGACCACGCUUGAUGGAAGGACUCUGGUGAUCCCACUAACUGAUAUCAUCAACCCCGAUCACGAGAUUGUUGUUCCAAACGAAGGAAUGCCAAUCUCUAAAGAACCUGGGAAAAAGGGUAACUUGAGAUUGAAGCUUAACGUGAAAUAUCCGUCGAAGCUGACAUCGGAACAGAAAUCGGAGCUGAAGAGAGUUCUUGGUGGGGUCUCUUGAAGAAGUCGGUGAUGAUGAAUGUAGAUAGCAAAAGUAGAGGAGAUGAUAGAUUGUGAAUGGUAGGAUGGAUUCUUCUAAGGGGGCUUGGAUUUGAAAGCCGAAGAUCAAACACGAGCUUUGCUUCUGUCUUUAUUUGUCUUGUUUGGCAUUUGACAUUUUUCCCCUUUUUUUAUUUAUUUUAUUCAUUUGAUUUGGUUUUGUUGCCUCUUAUUAUGUGGGUGUACUCCAAACAUUGAGGUAUGCUUUGUUACCUAUUUAAUAAACCUUUGUUU